AUUAAUUAUCAGUCAACACAGCAGCACACGGUGGCCAUUUUACGCUGCUGGCGGUCGCGCGCGCCAGAAAUGAUUUUGCAUUGAAUUUUUUUUCGGGUGAAAAAUCUUUCUUUUUUAUUCCUCUCAAUUUGUUUGUUGUGUAAAAAAAAAGGGGAGUUUACAGAGUGAUUUCAGCUGCAAUAAAAUGCCGCGAAGACACUUUCUGCCAUUCCUCGGCAUCAUCUUACUUCUUGUGUCGUCUUCGACCGCUCAUUUCGUGGUUCCGGAGGAAUUUGCCUCCCUCUUGGGCGUCAUCUUCUCCACAAUUCCGCAAAUAAGAAAGGGCACAGAUUCCCGAGUGGGCUUUGGGUAUCGCCUUGGGGAGCAUGCAGACUUCCAGGUUCUCCUUGAGUUGGGACCGCAGAAAUUCACAAAACCCAUCGGCGAAGGGGAUCAGAUGACAAACACAAAUAGCAAAAGGAAUGUCGAUCCUGAGGAUUACAACAGAGUUAUUAAGCCAACAAAAACGACCAGCAACUGGCUGAUGAAUUGGUCACAGAGUGCCAAAAAGGAGCAGCAACUGCAGCAUCAGGAGAAGCCACAUGAUCCUGAACUGCAUCCCAUAACGUCUGUUCUCAUGGGCAAUCCCAACAUCCCAAUGAAGCCCCUAAUCCCCGAGACACAUCUCAAGCAACUGCUAAAGCUCUACGGGAAGAAGAGCGAAGAUCGAGAUGAGGAACCACAGGCACAGAGUUCCGAUGACUCCCUGGGCACACUUCCGGGUGACACACAGGAUUCAACGGUGCAAUUCCAAGAUAGGCACAGGGUGUUCGUAAAGACACCCGCGGAGAAGCCAUCAUUUGCCAAUUUGGAGCGAAAACGAAAGAUCACGGAGGAUCUCAUGGAUGUAGAGCUAGAUUGAGGGUCCAGCUCAUCCCUAUGGAGGAGGAUCAUAAACACACAACACACACACAAAUUGAAGGGAGGAGAGAAUCAUUAAAUUAAA